AUGCUGUUCAUCUUUGAUGGUUUUGAUGAGAGUCGACUUCAGUUCAAUUUUUCUGAGAGGCUGUUUGAUGUGACCAAAACAUCAUCAGUGAAUAUGCUGAUAUCAAACCUCAUACAAGGAAAUCUUCUUCCCUCUGCACUCAUCUGGAUAACCUCCAGACCAGCAGCAGCCAGUCAGAUCCCCUCUCACUUCAUCAGUCGUGUGACAGAAGUCCAAGGAUUCAAUGAUUCACAGAAAGAGGAAUACUUCAGAAAAAGAGUCAGUGAUGAGAGUCAAGCCAACAGAAUCAUCUCACACAUCAAGACAUCAGUGAGUCUCCACAUCAUGUGUCACAUCCCAGUGUUCUGUUGGAUGUCAGCCACUGUGCUUCAGGAAAUGCUGCGUCGAGACAAUGUAAAAGAGAUCCCUAAAACUCUGACUGAGAUGUACACACACUUCCUGCUCAUUCAGACUAAAGUGAAGAAGCAGAAAUAUGAGGAGAUAGUUGAGACAGACUCAAAGCUUCUUCUGGAAUCAAGCAAGGAGAUCUCUCUGAAACUUGCAAAGCUGGCUUUUAAUCAGUUGCUGAGGGGCAAUAUCAUGUUUUAUGAGGAGGAUCUGAGAGAAUGUGGCAUUGAUGUGAGUGAGGCCACAGUGUACUCUGGGAUUUGUACUGAGAUCUUCAAGGAGGAAUCUGUGCUUCGUCAGAAGAAGGUCUACUGCUUUGUGCAUCUGAGUGUUCAAGAGUUCUUUGCUGCUCUCUAUGUGUUUUACUGCUAUGUAAACAAGAACAUCGAGGCAGUUAAGCAUUUCAUGUGGGUAGUGAGAGAAUUUGAUCCCUUGGAUGUGUUACUGAAGAAAGCUGUGGAUAAAUCUUUGGAGAGUAAGGAUGGACGUCUCGAUCUGUUUGUCCGCUUCCUUCAUGGCAUCUCACUGGAGUCCAACCAGAAACUCCUACAAGGCCUGCUGACACACACACAGAACAAUCAAAAGAGCAUCAAGGAAAUAAACCAUUAUAUCAAAGAUUUGAAUAAAGAUGGUGUCCUGCCUGAGAGAUGGAUCAAUCUACUGCACUGCCUGACUGAAAUGAAUGAUCACUCUCUCCACGAAGAAAUUCAAGCUUUUGUCAAGUCUGAAAACUAUAGCACUAAACUCUCACUUGCACACUGCACAGCACUGGCCUACAUGUUUUUGAUGUCAGAGGAGGUGCUGGAUGAGUUUGACCUGAAAAAAUACAAGACAUCAGAUAAGGGUCGUAGGAGACUGCUCCCAGCUGUGAGGUGCUGCAGA